AUGCGCUUGAUCAAUGUCCACACACUCGAAUUCGAGGACUUUUUCGAAGCAGGCCUUCCCAAGUAUGCCAUCCUUUCACACAGAUGGACAGGACGAGAGAUCACCUACCAAGACUUCGUCGAAGGCGGUAAGAACGACUCCGCUGGAUAUCGCAAAGUCGUCGAACUUUGCAACUUUAUCCGACGACACAGCAUCGCCAGCGCCUGGGACAACCCUGAGCCGGUUGAAUGGGUCUGGAUCGACACUUGUUGCAUCGACAAGAAGAGCAGCGCGGAGCUCUCCAAGGCCAUCAACUCCAUGUAUAGCUGGUAUUCCCAAGCGCGGGUAUGCAUUGUGUAUUUGUACGAUCUCCAGACCAAUGGGGAAGCUCAAUUGCGACAAGACCUAAGCACAUGUUCCUGGUUCUGGCGCGGUUGGACAUUACCAGAACUCAUCGCUCUCAGCGUCCUACUCUUCUGCUAUGCUUCUUGGUCCGUGCGCGGCUUCUUGAAGAGAGCGAACAACUUGCGGUCAGACACUGCCGUGGAGGCUGUGGCGUCGUUUCAGCCCAUCGAUCUCCUCGACGACAUCAGCUCGAUCACGGGCAUCCCACGCGCAGUCCUGACCGGCGAGAAAUCGUUGUGGCAGUACAGCGUCGCGCAAAAGAUGAGCUGGGCAUCAAAGCGAACGACUACCCGCACAGAAGACACGGCGUACUGCCUACUUGGCAUAUUCGACGUCAACAUGCCCCUCAUCUACGGCGAAGGCAAGCGCGCUUUUCGGAGGCUACAAGAAGACAUCAUCAAACGCACGCCCGAUCAAUCGAUCUUAGCAUGGUCAGACGCCGAUGUCGAGCGCUCCGCAUUCAGUCCGCAGACUACGCUGGCUCAGAGUCCCAAAUGCUUCGCAGAGUCAGCCGACAUAGAAUGGGACCGCCGCGCCGGUUCGAGCCCAUUCGCCGUCACGAAUCUGGGACUGGAGAUGAACUACGACCUCCUCGUGCCGAACUGGUUUGGCUAA